GGUUGCAAAAAGUAGUAUAUGGUACCGUAUAUAUAUAAGCAAUAAUCCCUUAUAUGGCAUAGAGUUUCAGUGAUGAUGGAACUUCAGCCUGUAUGUGCUGACAUUUUUAAUUUCAGGAUUCUUUCCAGAAACAGACCACCAUUUUAGCAUUCAAAACUCUGGAAAGAAAGUGGCUAAGAAUCUCUGAAUUAGCAUUUCAAAUUCACCAUGGUUCUCACACGAAUUUAUUUUAUUUAUUUAUUUAUUCUGUUUGGUAUGUUCAAAGUUACAUGGACUGCUAAAGGAGAAACAUAAUGCUACUUCACAUGAAUAUUUUUAAGGACAUUUGUAUUUAUAUAAUUUCAGGAUCCCCUAUUAGUACUGAAGGACGCUGCCUUUGUAAGGACAGUGGCUCAGAUUUUAUUUUACCAAAACGCAUAGAAAAGAUAGAAGUAUUUCCACGGAGCCCAUCUUGUGAGAACAUUGAAAUUGUUGCCACUGUGAAGAAGUCUGGUGAUAAACUAUGUUUGAACUCACAGUCUAAAUGGGUGCAGAACAUCAUUAAUCUAAUGACAAAAAGAUCGCCCCAGACUGCGAAAUGAAAACAAGAAGAGGGGCUCAUAAAGAGUGUGAAACAAAUGCUGGUCACCGCAUCAGAAUCCAAAUUUACAAACAAUACUACAAUACUGUAGAGUUUUAUUAUCAUGUUUCAUGUUCCACCACUCUGUUGGAUAAGCUGCUGUUAUACCUUAAAAUCCUAACAAUACUGUCUGCAGAGCACAGGUGCAACCACAUAUGUUCCAAGUAAGCCAGGGGGAUGAAUGUUAAACAGCAACCGACAAUGAGACUGAAGGUACCAAAUGGUUCACUUCAAAACACAUAAAUUACAAGGAGGCAAGUGAACCAUCAAAUAUUUUUUCCAUAGAGAUGAAUAAUUGGUAUAUUACUAGCUACCCUUCUAAAUACUUCAGAAUGUAACAGUUCUAACAUAUAUGCUACAGUUUUAAUUUUAUAUGUAGAGUACAUGCAUCAUGAUGAAAUAACGCAGAUAUCUGAGGGGAGUUAUCAGUAUGAAAAUUUGGUGUACACAGUAGGCAAUUCUGCACUAGGGGGUGGGGGGUUACAGUCUAGUAGGUGGUGUACACUUCCAAAAAUGCUGGCUACACCUCUGCCACAGACUUUCUGACUUCAGACUAAGAAUGCAUUUCAAAGCUAUGAUUUUGUUUUUUCAUGCUUGGAGAAAGGCAACAUGAAUGAAGAUGCUACUUCCAAGUUUUGAUUCUUGCUCUAGUUCUCAUAUAUGAAAUGAUGUCAUAAUAUAAUAUUGCUAUGUAAUAAGCUACAGAAAGACUGAAGGAUAUGUACGUGCAAUAAGCAGGCCGAGAGAUGUAGGUGUGGUGCAGGUUGUAGCAUGUUUACCUGUGAAUCUGAAGCUUGUAAGUUCUCAUUUUAGGUAGGUACCGAGGGCAUAUCUGAAAUGCUGGCAUCUUAGGGCAACAUUGAGUGGGUGCUGUAGUAAUGGAAGUGUCAUUGUUCAAAUGAAAGAUUAAACCAGAACUAUGUCUACUAUUCCUCAUACUGGUACACUCCUGAAGGUUGUCCAAGUUAAGGAAAUUAAUCCAAAGCAUAUGCUGAGAAAAAGAAAGUGGAUUUCUCUUGUGUCUUAACCAAUACCCCAUUGCAGGAAACUGGUGCAUUCAGUUUCCAGGGUAUCUGUGCACAAAUUCUUCCUGUUUCCAAAUUUGUAACUACUACACUUAAGCUCUCUAUCUGUAAAGUACAAUUUAGGAAUGUUAUGUAAAUAAGAUUGUGUUUUUAAACUAACCAUCUAGACAGCUUAUCAUGAGUAUAUCAUCUCUAAAUGAAAACAAUUAAGGUUUAAAUUAUGUCACAAUUUUAGGUGUACACAUUUAUUGUAUAUUUUGUGGGUUAUGUAUAAUGUAUUAGAGCAUAUAAGUUACAUAUAAAGAAACAACUGCAAACAUACAUUGUAACUGACAUGAGGGUACCUACAGAAUGUAAUGUUAUGUUAAUAAUAUUAUGUCAUUGUAUUUGUCAUUGUACUGUACAUCUUUAGGGGUAUUGCAAAGUGAAACUAUAAUUAUUUGCAUUCACUGUUUCCUUCUGCUAGAUUUAUAGGUUUCUGGGAAUAUAUGCCUGACCUUUUAACUGUUAUAGUUCCCAGCAUCAUUCUGUAUCCAGGAUAAAUGUAAAAGCAGACUAAACAUUGACAGGGUCUCUAUAUAUAGCUAGAGCUCUGUAUAGUCAUUAUUGUUUUCUGACAUUAUAUGUUUUAUGUCACUUAAUAUAAUACUUAUGCAAAUUUGUAGCCUGUUAUUGUCUACAGAGAAGACAGGCAUAGUCAGUCUUUACUGGAUAGUUCUCAUAUUGCCAGUAUAGUCUAGUUCGAAAGCUAGUUACCAUUUUAAAAUGGAAAUAUAGCCAUUAGAUAAAAAGCACUCACAAACAGUACAAGAAAAUAUCAAAUACAGCUGAAACAAUUAUGGAAUGCAUUCAUACUACAUUUAGAUUUCCAAAUUAAUAACAAAACAACCAUCUGUACUGCUAUUAGAUAUUGCUAUUAUCUCUAUGCUAUAUGUAAAGAAGAGGUCAUUACAAUAUAAUAAUUUCUGUACUUCAUAUCAGUCUAUUCUGAAUAUUUUUUUGUUGAAAGAUUAAUAAAAUGUUCUUGUAUAUAUUGUAAAUAUUCCAUGCAUGUAUAAAAAGAUAUUAUUUAAAGUGAGAGGAGCUUUUAAAUAAAGAAAUGUUAUCCUGAAAAA